AUGGCCUCAAUUCAAAUCCUAGAUGGCGGCCUAGGAACCUCCCUCCAAGACCAAUAUGGAGUGAGCUUCGACAGCACUAAUACACCACUCUGGUCCUCGCAUAUGCUAGUUUCGGACCCAACCACCCUCCAAGCCUGCCAAAGCGACUUCGGCGCCGCUGGCGUGGACGUCCUCCUCACAGCAACCUACCAAGUCUCCCCCGAAGGAUUCGCACUUACUAAAACGCCCGAAUAUCCAGAUGGUGUUCCCGUACAAGCUGUGGGCGGGUACCUGCGCACGGCUGUUGAGGUAGCGGAACGCGCAAAGGGCCGCGACAGCGCCAAGAUCGCGCUGAGCCUGGGUCCGUACGGCGCUUGUAUGAUUCCCGGACAGGAGUAUAGUGGUGCAUAUGACGCGAUGCAUGACAGUGAGGAGGCGCUUUACCAGUGGCAUUUAGAGAGGCUGCGGUUGUUUAUGGAGGCGGAGGGGGGAUUGGCGGAGCGGGUGCAGUAUGUUGCGUUUGAGACACUGCCGAGGCUUGAUGAGGUGCGGGCUGUGCGGAGGGCGUAUAAGGAGUCUGGAAUUGAGGCGCCGUUUUGGAUUGCUUGUGUCUUUCCUAGGGAGGAUGAGGCGUUGCCCGAUGGGAGUUCCAUUGAGCAGGUUGUUGAGGCUGCUGUUGGACCCUUGGAUGGUGCGCCGGUGCCAUGGGGUAUUGGUAUGAACUGCACCAAGGUUCAUAAGCUUGCUGGCUUGGUUGAUAAAUUUGGAGGGAGUGUUCAGCGGGCUGUUGCUAAGGGCCAGCUUUCGGCUGCUCCUGCUAUGGUUUUGUAUCCUGAUGGUACCAACGGGGAGGUUUACAACACUACGACGCAGGUUUGGGAAAAGCCUGAUAGCUUGAAAGAGGGCCAGCGAGACUUGGGUCCUUGGGAGACACAACUUGCGCAAAUUGUCAACGACGCCAAGGCAAAGGGCCCCUUCGAGUCAUUCCUGGUGGGCGGCUGCUGCAAAGCAUCUCAUCACGACAUUGCGAAGCUCCGAAAGGAGUUCCAAAGGUGA